CCGACUUUUCAUCUUUAUAGUUCGGAUUCAUUUUGUUUCGUAGCUCAACACUGCUUAAAACAAGACUUCGUCCUGAUUCAACCUUUUCCCUAACUUCUUCCGGAGUUAGGGUUCAAUUUAUAGAAAGCUUAUUGUAUACGUGCUAGGAAUUGGCUGAAUCAUCUUUCAAUUUCUAGAAAGCUUAUUGUCUUAGUGCUACCUCAACCCCCCAACAUAGGCUUUUUGGUUUGCUAGUUAUGAUUUGUGUUUUUUUCUCAAUUUCCCCUUGUCAUUUCUUUUAAGUUCCCUCUCCUAUUACUCUAUCGAUCGUACUGGUUAGAAAGAGUUGAUUAAUAUCAUAAUGACGAGAUGGACUAAUUCACCACAUUGAGUUGUUACCUGUUGCUGUGGUUGAUGCGUCAUUUUCAUCUGGAAAGACACUAGUCACCUGCUACCACUCAGCUGUUACAUUGACUUAUUGGGAAUGCUUACACUACUUGAAUUAGCAUUGUUUCUUUUUGUUUUUUUAAUUGUGCGGAGGCCUUGUGAAAUGAAUUCACAGAUUGUGCUAUAACAUAUUGCUCUUUUUUACAGUUGCGCCAACGGUUCCCUUUCUUUGAUGUAUCUCUUCUUGCCACUAAAACAUGAAUUCCUUGACACAGUAUAAUGUUUGUCACAAGAUAGAAUAUACAUCUACAAUAACUUGAUAAGUCAUUUCGCCAUAUAGGCUGUCCUUGCAUAUAAAGUUCUGAUUCUACAUAUGAACCACUUGGAUGGUCGAAAAGUUUGAAAAUGAGUGAAAUUUCACUGAAAAUGUAUGAUGUCAGAUGUAGUGCCUUUCUGAGAAUGAUUUUUUCUUCAUCAUCACCAGGGGUCUUUGUAUUAAGCUGAUAGUCUUAUCAAAUUUCAUGCAGUUACAGAGUUUUCCCACUCUCAGCUGAAAUGGUCUGUAGGGACAAUAGCCCCCGUGAUGAGAUUUACAGCUUAAUCUGGAGUCAAGAUUUUUCGUGAUGCGAAUAGUGUCAAAUGACAGUCUGGUAGUGGAUAGUUCGGAAAUAGAGCCCAUCUUAUCUCAUAUUGCCAUUGUCGAGGAAUCUGCGGACACUUCACCUUCAACUGAAAUCACAUCGAGCGAGGAUUGUUUGGAGACUGCUGGUCACCUGUCAAGUGUUGGAGUUGACGGAAUUCAAUCUUUGUCACAUGCAGAACUAUCCCAAUGUCGCAUAUGCCUGGACAGUGAAGGAGAAGAUCUGAUUGCACCCUGCCACUGUAAAGGAACCCAAAAGUAUGUCCAUAGAUCAUGUCUUGAUAACUGGAGAUCAACUAAGGAGGGCUUUGCUUUUGCUCACUGUACUGAAUGCAGGGCAAAGUUCAUAUUACGGGCAAAUGUCCCACCUGAUCGCUGGUGGCUGAGGCUAAAAUUCCAGUUCCUUGUGGCAAGAGAUCAUGCAUUCAUUUUUCUCAUUGUCCAGUUGAUUGUAGCAUUCUUAGGAGUACUUGUGUACAAAUUUUACGGGGAGGAACUAAGGGAAAUGUUUGGCUACCGAGAGCAUCCAUAUGGCUUUUAUACAAUGGCAGUUUUGGCAAUCAUAUUGGUCGGGUUGCUUUAUGGUUUCUUCAUAGCAAUAAUUUGUGGACAGAGAAUUAGUGAACGUCAUUAUCACGUUCUUGCCAAAAAAGAACUCACAAAGGAAUACGUGGUAGAAGAUCGGGAAAUGCUAGAUAAAGAAGUUCCGGAACUUGACCCUAGCCACGUUACGGAGCUAAGAAUGUUGGGGCUUUACUGAGAUUCAUGUCAGUCUAGGCAAUGAUUGGCAUAUCAAAUUAGCAUACUUGUUACGGAGAUGGGUGGCAUUAGGCAAAAGAGCUGCAAACAAUAUCUUACACCAUAUGCCAAGUAAUGAUUAUUAUGGUUCACCUUCAAGAGUAAAAAUUGCACGGGGCGCCCUAUUUGGUCGCCCCCAUUUAACCUAUACCCAUUUUUUUUAAAAAGUUUUAAUUCGUACCCACUUUUUAAACAACUUCAGCCCCCUUUCUCCUCCUCCUUCUCCCAGUGAUCUCCAUAUCUCUCCGGAACUUAACAUUGAUGUAACAAUAUAAUGGCUCGAUUUAUCAUGUGUUUCAUUGGUUUGGUUUUUUAUUAGUCUGUUGUGCACACAGUUAUGAAGCAAGAAAAGUACUCUUGAACAACAUGGAAAAGAAGAAGACUGAUCCUAAUCAUCCUUCUCAAGAAAAAAAAAGCAAAAAAGAUUUCAUGCUUUAAGUUAUUAUGUUGUACUGUAUGAAAUGUCUUUUGAGCUUAUGGGUGAAUUAAGUGCUGAUGUUUUCCUACUUCA